AUGGACAGAGGGAGAGUGGCGGCUGGGACGUGUUUGACAACCGACCCUUCAAAGGCGGGUGGCUUGAUCCCAACGUUCAGGGGUCUGGGAUGGGGCUGGGAGGGGGUUUGGGGGGAGCCUGUCACUGGGAGCAGAAAGGGGCUCAUGAAAGACCCUGUCUGACUGACAGCUCUUUGUAUCGCCGCCUUUUUGUCUCCAGCUCCUUCUAAACCCCUGAAAAAAUUUUAAACCCCGGGGCUGUUUUUAAAAUGAGGGGUUUGUAUUAGUUCGUUUCCCCCUGUUUUCCCUCUUAAUCUUUCCCCCCAACGGGUUUUGGUGGGCUUUUAAACGGGUUUCCCCAGGACCUGGGGUUUUCCCCCUGGGGCAUUUAAAACCCCCAUUAUAUUAGCUUUCUAGUUUUCCUUUUUGGGUGACACAUUGAGAAAAAAAAAAAAAUGAAAAAAAAAAACUGUUUCGUUUUUUAUACCCUUUUCCCCAGACAACAAAAACUGAAACACUAUUGUAUUUGUCUUCAAUUCCCCCCCACCCCCCCCUACCCACCAGCCAUAUUUUGGCCCCCUCCUGUGGCUGGGGGGUUUCAUCCAAUCUCCUUGUCUCCUACCUGGGGAACCAAGUCCUUACCCCCUCUGAAGAGAAGAAAUGCGCCAAUCUGAGGUCCGCCUCUGAGGACAAUAAUCCCAUGGUUUGGGCUAUUAACAGGUACCAGACUUGUUCCAAGACACGUAACCAUCAUCCCAGCUUCAGCUUUCUCUUGUGCCUUAACUAAACAUUUCAACACAAACUGUUCGUUCCUUGAGCGCCCCAGACACAAAACUGAAACACUAUUGAUUGUCUUCAAUCCCCCAGCCCCCCUCUCCUCCAGCCACAUCUUUCUAUUUGGCCCCUCCUGUGGCGGGGGGGUCAUCCAAUCUCCUUGUCUCCCUACCUGGGGAACCAUGAGCUCCCUUACCCCCCUGAAGAGAAGAAACUGCCGCCAAUCUGAGGUCCGCCACUCUGAGGACGAAUCAGAGAGCCGGUAGAGCCAAUUACCCAGCAUGCUCUAAUCCUCUCUCUCUCUCAUCAAGAAAUCACCGGUAUAGUGUCAAAACGUGCCCCCAGUCAAGGCAGUCUGUUUCUCCACUUAAACCUUUCAAGAAUGCGUCCCAUUAACCUUCUACAGCACAGCUCAAUGGCAAGGAGACGCUUUGCCAAUGCCCCGGCAAGCAACGACACACACACUCACACACUUAGACAUGCAAGCAAGCACACACCCACUCACACUCAUCCCCUUACACAUACACACAUAUGCUGACACACACACACACACACACCAUGACACACACUUAGACAAACAUACACACACACUCACCUCAAUUACUGUUUCAUUUAUGGCCCGACAGCUGAGCAUGUGCAAAAUUAAAUCUCCUGCCGGAAUGGGGCCGGCCCAUCUCACCUUGCGUCAAAACGCACUCAUUUCCAAUCCUCCCUCUAACCUUUUCAUCUGGAAGGAAAGGCAACAGCGGGUAUUAAUGGGUGUGUGAGGCAGAAUGCCAUCAAAGCGGAAACUUAGUGAGACGUCCGAGUGUAGAAGAGCUACACAUGUUAAUCCCUCAGCAAACGUUAGGCCGCCCAUCAACAGACACACACAGAGUCCCUCACACCCUACUCAUUUGCUGAGCCACUCAUUGGCUGAGCCACUUUGAUAUGAGUUAAUGCAUGUCUAACUUUGUGAACCAGUUUCUGCCUUAAUAUUGAAUUGAGUAUAUCUGACAUAAUUCUGAAUACUGGCCCUCUGGAAAUCAAUGGGCUGUAAUGGAAUAUACAUUUUUAAUUAAGAGUUGUAGCCCUUUCUGUACUACCUCAUGCUACCUACAUUAAGCUGUACCCCCCAAUAACUCAUGAAUACACUGGAAACAAUGUAAAACAUACUUUAACCCCUUACAAAAAAGAUUGCAGUUUUGAAACUGCAGUAGAGGUGCAGUAACUGCAGUCGACUGUGGUAUUGUGGAUUAAGUAAUUGCAGAAUAACUGCAGUUACACUGCAAAAUUACUGCAGUAAAUUGUAUUUAUUUAUUUUGGACGCAGCAUACUGCAAUUAUACUGCACUCUAACUGCAGUUAUACUGCAGUCUACUGCAGUUAUAAUGCACUCUGACUGCAAUCUGUUUUCGUAAGGGACAGGAUGGUGUUAAACCACCAAAACAACAAGGCCUUGUUAUUUGCCCUGAAAUCUGCAAAUUGAGUUCCUGGUUAGAAGAAGACCAAUGUUUUCCUGUUUUUCCAGCAUGGGUUUUGUCCAAGUGGAGCGCCCAUGGGCUUUAAUCAGAUCCUCCAUGUCCUGUUCGAUAAGACACUUAAUUAAUCAGAGAAAGGACCGACAGUCGGACGGAAACAGGACGGCCGAGAUACUUCCUCUGCUCUCUAUCGAUAACAAAAAAAGAGGGAGGAAGCAAAAAGAGAGAUGGAAGAAGAAAAUAGAGAGAGAGAACAAAGCAAAGAGAGGGGAAAAAUACAAAAGAGAGAGGGAAGAAGCACUGAGUAGAAAAUAAGAAGUGCCUAUGGCUUAGUCACAGUUUGUUCCCUCUACCUCUGAAAAGGCCAUUUUAAAGGGGUCAAGUCUGUUGAUGUCUGGGUCAGGUUUUGCCAUUCCUCUCUGUGGCUAAAGUGAAGUACCAUGUAUAGGUGUUAGCCCUCAGGGUUGCUCACCUGUUAGCCUGCUAGCCUGCUAGCAGCACAACACUGCUUGCUCUCAUUAAGGGAAUGGGAAUAGGCUGCUGGUAAAGUGGAUUCCUUGGCUGGUCAUUCUUCUCUGUGGCUAAAGUGAAGUAUCAUGUUUAGGUGUUAGCCCUCGGUGCUGCUAGCUAACCUGCUAGCCUGCUAGCUAUACCACAGCACAGCUUGCUCCCAUUCAGGAGAAUAGAAGACGCUACUGUUAAAAAAUGUAUGCCUUGCCGUGGCUGCUUGUACUCCAGAGUGGCCCUGGGUUCGGCGGGCUAAAGGGUGUGAUGAGAUGUGAUAGAUGAGUGCUGGUGGGUGUCCAGACUCGCCGUAUUGGAGAGACUGUACUGGCCCGCUGCCACCCUCUCUCCCUGGCUCUGCCCCUGCCAGCUGUGCCCCCACUAGCUAGCUAGAACCCUCGGGCGAUACAGACCGCACACACGCACACACAAACACACACGUGUACACUUACACACUCACUGGUGUACACAUAUACACAUUGGUAUUCAGAAACACAUCAGUGUACACAAACAAACAAUAAAAUGCCACUCUACAAUGUGCAAUUUUGUCACACAACACAAUGCCACAGAUGUCUCAAGUUUUGAGGGGGCGUGCAAUUGGUAUGCUGACUGCAGGAAUGUCCAGCAGAGCUGUUGCCAGAGAAUUGAAUGUUAAUUUCUCUACCAUAAGCCGCCUCUAACGUUGUUUUAGUUAAAUUGGCAGUACCCAGUUCUUCCAUGGCUCUUCAUGCCACCCAUUGAGCAUGUCUGGGAAGCUCUGGAUCGAUGUGUACGACAGCAUGAUGCAGUUCCCGACAAUAUCCAGCAACUUCGCACAGCCAUUGAAGAGUGGGACAACAUUCCACAGGCCACAAUCAACAGCCUGAUCAACUCUAUGCGAAGGAGAUGUGUCGCGCUGCAUGAGGCAAAUGGUGGUCAGACCAGAUACUGACUGGUUUUCUGAUCCACGCCCUUACCUUUUUUUAAGGUAUCUCUGACCAACAAGAUGUAUAUCUGUAUUCCCAGUCAUGUAAAAUCCAUAGAUUAGGGCCUAAUGAAUUUAUUUCAAUUGACUGAUUUCCUUAUAUGAACUGUAACUCAGUAAAAUAUUUGAAAUUCUUGCAUGUUGCGUUUAUAUUUUUGUUCAGUAUAUGUUGUCUAAAUACAUUUUCCCUCAGGGACAUUAAAGUUAAUCCUAUCCUUUCCUACAUUCCCUGGCAUACACACACGCUGGCAUGCAUAGGCUACUCGUACUGUGCUGGCACACACAUACAGUAUUAUCCACAUACAAAAAUCUAAUCGCACAGAUAUGCAUGACCACCACACACACAUAGUUAAAAAGCGUGCUCUAACUGUAUGUGUGAAUGUGAUUGUCAUAAUCACAGAGGCCAAGCUGUAGUUCACACAGAGUUGCCUGUGAUAACAGUUGUGUUUCGUGACAGCUCACGAGCCACUGGUUAUACAUAUUUAAAUAAUAACUGAUACAUAAUUUCUAACACACAUCCUCUCUCACUCUGUCUCUCAUUCUCUCUCUCGCUUUCUCUCUUUCUCUCUGUUUACUGUGUAUCUGUCUUUGUGUGUCGUUCUUACACCACUACAAACCAAAUUGCCCAAUGUUGGGACAAUAAAGCUUUCUGAAUCUAAAUACGAAUCUCUCUUUCGCUCCACAGCAACAGGAGCAGGACCCCACCAACCUGUACAUCUCCAACCUGCCUGUGUCCAUGGAUGAGCAGGAGCUGGAGAACAUGCUGAAGCCCUUCGGUCAUGUCAUCUCCACGCGCAUACUGAGGGACGCCAACGGGGUCAGCAGAGGGGUCGGCUUCGCCAGGUAUACCUGCUGGAACACACACACUCCGAUGACAGAUUCUGUUGAGCCUGAAGUGUGUGUGUGUGUGUGUGUAUGUGUGUGUGUGUGUGUGUGUGUGUUUUUGUGUGUGGAUGGGGAGGGGGGUGCAUGUGUGUGGAUGGGAAGUGUGUGUGCAUGGGGCGGGGGUAGUGUGUGUUUGUGUGUGUGUGUGUGGGGGGUGGGGGGGGGUGGGGGGCGGGGUGCUUCCAUGAGAUAUAGACACUAGUGUCUGCAUAUCAUUAAGCUGUUUGUUUCGGCUCUAUUUUCCUCCUGUAAAAUGAGAGUUUACCCUCCUAUCCCUUCAAAGUCAUGUCCUCCUCAUCCUCCACACAGCUCAUAUUUCUGUCCCCACAGCACAACACUCCCGGCUUGUUUACCCAGAGAACAACAACACCAUCUUGCAGAGAUUUCUCUUAAUCAGCCCGUGCUGCAGUCCCCUCCUAUUCCCCACUCUAUUACAGUGGGUUACAGAAGGACAGGCAGACUCCUGCAGACCAACACACACCAACACAACAGCUCAGCGCAGGCUGCCACACUCCACCUGUUCAAGUGGGGCUGAGUGGGGAAGUAAUAUGAUGGGGAAAGAGAGAGGAGAAGGGGAAGAAAGGAAGGAAGAGAGAGACAAAAUAGAGAGAUGCUGAGGGAUACUUUUGAGAGAGACGAGGAGAAAAAAAGACGGGGAGAAAGAGGGAGUGAGCAAGAGAGCAUGAAAGAGAGAUGCAAAGGCAGAAGGAGAGAGCGAGUCAAGGGUGCAUCCGAAAUGGCACCCUAUUCCCUAUAUAGUGCAUAUAUUCCCUGGGAUCUGCUUAAAAGCAGUGCACUACAUAGGGAAUAGGGUACCAUCAAUUUGAGAUUUAAACAAUCAGAUCUUGAGACAGAGGGCCCCAGCCUCUAGUCCACAGAUGUUGAGGGACAGAGGGGCAUUAGAGAGAGUAAACAUCGCUAAGUGUUUCUGCACUUCUCCAUUACACCGUUAUCAGAGCCCAUUACUGGGGACCUCACAGCUAAUGACUGUGGACAUGAUCACCUGAUGUCAUUAACCAUCAGGCCUCCCUGCCUCACAGAGAGCAGAGAGGAGACAGAGCAGCCAGGAGGAUGGGUGGCUGCCAGGGGCUCAUCAGACCUGAGAGAGCAGGAGGGAGGGAAGAGGGAGAUGGAAGGGUAGAACAGAUGGAGAGAGAGAGAGAGAACAGGUUGUAACAGAGGGAGGAAGAUGUGUAUAGUGAGAGAGGUAAAGACUAGUUGUCAUCCUGGAUGGGUCUGAUCCAACUGCUCACAGGAGAGAUACAUUUUCCCAGUUACAAAUCAACCCCUAGUUCCACUCGUGACAGAAGUUCAUUACCAUAUUGCAUAUAGUUAGUAUAAAGUCCUUUCAGAGCUACACAGUGCCUACGGUAGGGCUAGGGGUUUAUUUAGAAUUGAGCAAAACAGAGAGGUUACCUCUGCUCUAUGCAGAUGCUCUCCUCUGGGACCUCUCUACCGUUGUGAAUAGCAGGAGGGAAGGAGGGAGGGUCCGAACUGAGAGUGUGUGAUUGUGUUGGUGUGUGUGUCUGGGACACGUGCGCCCCAUUAGAUCACUGGCAGCAGCGGUGGGUGAAUGUGUGCAGGGCAGGCUAUUAAAGGCCACUCACUGUGAAAAGGGCUCCGUUGACUCACCGUGCCACAAUGAGACACAGGGACCUGACCCACUUACACUACAGGUCCCACUGCCAGAAAGCGAAAGAGGGCGGGCGAGAGAGGGAGAGGGAGGGUAACAGGGAUAAAGACAGAUGAGAAGAUCGGUGAGAAAGAUGGAGUAAAAAAUUGGCAAGGGGGGGGGGGGGAAGGGAGGAAAUGGAUAGAUGAGAGAAAGAGAUGGAUGAGGCAUGAGAAAAAGAUAGAGGGUAAAGAAGACCGGUAGGUCGGUAUGGAAAAAAGGGGGGUGAAAGAGAAGGAUGUAUGGAGUAAGACAGAAAGGAAAGGAGGAAGUGAUAUAGAGUGAGCGAGAGAGAGAUCAUAGAUCCCUUACAGGUACUUACGUAUUUAGUUGAUCAGUGGUCUGAGUCAGGCGGAGGAGGGGAGGGAGGAUUUAAUAUGAUGCUACUCUGUUCUCUGUAAAUGAGAUGAGUCACAUUCGCACUGUGUGACUCCACUCCCUUAGUAACUCCACCACUCUCACCCUUCCUGUUCCAUGACACACACAGACAGUCAACGCUCUCUCCAGUCUCUCAUGUCCUAUUAGUGCUCACUCCACUACCUUUCCUCAAUUAGCCCAGGAGAAUUUGGAAAUCACUGUAAAUCAAGGGUAUACAUCCUCAAUUUGCCUCUUCAUAAAAUGACUCAGCCACAUACUGUAGACACUCAACCAAGGAAAACAAUAGGUGUUGUCAUAGGGCCUAAGAUCUACAUUGGAUCAACAUAGAAAAUGUUCCAUGUAUACUCAAAUGUACUACAUAUAUGAUAUGUCAUGCUUUAGGUAUUCACCAUGUGUAAUAGUUGUAUUCUGCUAAGGCACUUCAGUAGAUAUGAAAGGACUUGUAUGUUUUAUAUAGCAUGUUUUACGUAUUCAUCAUGUGUAAUAUUCCCACUUGUAUUCAUCUAUCUAUGUCCUUUUCCUUUUGCCACAGGAUGGAGUCGACUGAGAAAUGUGAAGUGGUGAUACAGCAUUUCAAUGGGAAAUACCUGAAAACCCCACCAGGCAUUCCAGGUAAGAAGACUUCGCUCUCUGCUUAAACAUUCAUCUCACAUCCUCUCCCUGAAAAUCACCCCUUUUCAGAGAAACCCUCCCUCCCUACCUCCGAAACCCUCCGUCCUGAUUCAGUUAUGUCAAUUGCAGCGACUCAACUUUCCCCUCCUUGAGAGAUUGUGUACAAUCACAUUUCUGACACACGAAGUGAGCGUCGUCACUAGCACUCGCCUCCCAUUCCAAAAGGGCCUCCCUGGAUGUCCGCUGACUGUUGAACUCAGGAGCUUCUAGGGCAGCCAAAGUACUCUUAAUAUUCACACUGCGGGCCUCUCUGCUGCGCCGAAAUCUACUUAAGAGCUGCCUUUCCAGCACCCAAACUGCCAAGGGAACCAAGAGAGAGAGCGAGAGAAAGAGAGUGGGGAGUUGGAGAAGCAGAGGGAAUCAGAGAGUGGGCUGCCUCAGCAGUUUUUAGGCCAGGUGCAGUGGUGCACUAAGACCCCUGUUCAUUUCAAUAGGGACCUGAGGGCAGAAGAGUUUCUGUGGAGGCCUCACCGGGCCCGCUGA